GACGUGGUGAAGGAGGCGGUGAAGGCCUCGCUGCACAUCAUGCAGCUCACGGAGUCGGUGAACCGGGCCGCCACCCAGGUGGAGCGGAUCAAGUUUGUGCUGGGGCUGGAGGACAUGUGUCUGUCCAGCAUUUGCCUGGUGCUGGCGCUCACCGCCGCUCUGCCCAUGUGCCUGCUGCUCUUUCUCUCGCGCUGGUUACUGGACUCCGGCCUAUGGAGGUACUUGCUCUGGCUGCCGGGCGCUGUGGGCUUCCUUCCCAAGGCCCUGCGUGUGCCCCUGCUGGACGCUGCCAGCCGAGCGGAGGAGUAUCGGAAGCAGCAGCUGGGGGACGACUUGGAGAGGAUGCUGACGAACCUCUGGCAGCGCAUCCCCGACGGCACAGAGGCCUCUCACCUCUACCUCUUCAAGCGGUACGUGCUGGCUUGCUGA